AUGCACCGUUGUCGACGUAUGGAAGUUCAACCUUGCACCAAGGGUGGAUCCAUGCCCAACACGUCAUCGAGUGUCCCAUUCUUGGCGACAACAACUGCGGGCUAUAGAAGAGGUUCCGGAUGCCAUGGAGGAUCUCAUAGCGGCUCGCAGAGAGGCUCGCAGGGCUCCGGCAUCUUCUCACACAUGGUAAGACUAUUUCCCAACCAAUCCGCAACAGGCAGCCCUCGCCGCGCCAGCACCACCUUCCAGAGCUCUUCAGCAUAUGCGUCUGUACGACAAUCCACCGACGACUUUAUCAGGAAGUUUCCAUCUCUCAAUACGUUUGUGUAUCGUUUCCAUUCCUAG